AUGCUCCGCUCUGCCAUCGCCUGGAGCGACGGAACCCUCUCCGAGAUUCGCUCUCGUCACUACUCCGACCGAAUCUCGCGGCCGAGAGGUAACGAAAGACGGUUCCCUAAGCUUCAAUCUUCUUCCCAGCGUCUAGGGAAUGUGCCAAACGAGUACCUCAUGGCAGACAUGGCUUGCCCUCUUGAAGAAGAUUCGGAAAGCGCAACAAUUGGGAAGUUCAUGACAGGUAUGAAGCACUUAGAGCUUCGAUUCUCGAGGUUAACGACCAAAGGGAUCGAAUCGAUCAGCGAAGGGUGCUUGAAUUUGGAGUUCUUGGAAUUGUCAGGGUGUGUUAAUGUCAGGGGGACGUUGCGAGCUUGA